AUGUCAGAAAACAAUAAACCCUCACAGCUCACCCCUCUCGAUCGGGUACUCAGUCCCGCCCUCAACCUCCACCCGCCCAACACACCACCAAGCCUCUACCCAUCCGCCCUUUCACACUUCACCUCGAUCCCCUGGUGCGCCGACCUCCUCCUGAGCGAAAACAGCCCCUACGGCACGGGCCCCUCAAUUCCGUUCAUCCCCCAAUGCUUCAACCCCGUAUCCCCCCAGCACGAUCAGUUCGUCGGCGCAACGCUCGCCUCAGAAAGGGGCCUAAAGCACGUGCUGUCCUUCUUCCGCCCCGACGACGAGACGCACCUGCGGGAUCCCGCACGGCCCAUCACGCGCGUGGACACGCUGUUUGCCGUGGGCGACGGGCUAAGCGGCUACCACAACAUCAUCCACGGCGGCAUGACCAUGACCAUGGUGGACGAGAGCAUGGGGACCGUCAACGAGAUCAACACGGCGCUGGGCAAGGACGGGCUCGUGCACAAGCUGAGCAGCGUGACGGCUUCCCUCGACAUCAGGUUCCUGCAGCCGGUGCCCGUCCCGGGUGUGGUGUGGGUCACGUCCUGGACCGAGAAUAUCCAAGGGCGGAAAACGAGGAUGAGGUGCGAGGUCAAGGACGGGCAGGGCGCGGUUCUGGCAAAGGCCGCCAGUACGUGGGUGGCUCUCAAGCCGAAUUUAUAA